AUGAGUCUACUCGCACCGGAAGACGAGGGCGACGGCAUUGAGGUCGCGUGGGAGGACCAGCAGCGGAUCAACACGUUCUCCAAGCUCAACAACCGUUUGGCGGAUAUCCAGGACAGAUUGAAGAUCAAGAUUGCAGAGGAGAGGGAACAAGAGUCUCGUCGCUCACCCCAGGACGAGAAGGAGUACUACGACGACCUCGAGAUGGAGCUCGAGCUCGCGGACGGCCCCGUGCUGUACAAGCUCGGCGAGGCGUUCUUCCAGCUGUCGCUGCCUGCCGCGAAGAAGCAGUUGCGCGCCGAUAUCAAGCGCUACAAUGGCGAGAUUGGGGAGUUGCGCGCGCAGGCAGACGAAUGCGUGCAUGGCAUGGACGAGCUCAAGGUGUUGCUAUAUGCAAAGUUUGGCAAGCAGAUCAACCUUGAGACCGGGCCGGAGUAGUGUGUGGCACGUAGAGCAGCUAGAGAUAUGCAGCGUUGGACACGAU